CUGCUCCUGGCCGCGCUGGCCGCGCUGGCGCUGGCCCGAGAGCCCCCGGCGGCGCCGUGUCCCGCGCGCUGCGACGUGUCGCGGUGCCCGAGCCCUCGCUGCCCCGGCGGCUACGUGCCCGACCUAUGCAACUGCUGCCUGGUCUGCGCUGCCAGCGAGGGCGAACCGUGCGGCCGCCCCCUCGACUCGCCGUGCGGGGAGAGCCUGGAGUGCACGCGCGGCGUGUGCCGCUGCCGCUGGGCGCACGCCGUGUGCGGCACCGACGGGCACACCUACGCCAACGUGUGCGCGCUGCAGGCGGCCAGCCGGCGCGCGCUGGAGCUCUCGGGGACGCCCGUGCGCCAGCUGCAGAAGGGCCCCUGCCCCUCGGGUCUCCACCAGCUGACCAGCCCACGGUACAAGUUCAACUUCAUCGCGGACGUGGUGGAGAAGAUUGCGCCGGCCGUGGUCCACAUAGAGCUCUUCCUGAGACACCCUCUGUUUGGUCGCAACGUGCCCCUGUCCAGUGGCUCAGGCUUCAUCAUGUCGGAGGCCGGCUUAAUCAUCACCAACGCCCACGUGGUGUCCAGCACCAACACCGUCUCCGGCCGGCAGCAGCUCAAGGUGCAGCUGCAGAAUGGUGACAGCUACGAGGCCACCAUCAAGGACAUCGACAAGAAGUCGGACAUCGCCACCAUCAAGAUCCACCCCAAAAAAAAGCUGCCGGCGCUGCUGCUGGGCCGCUCGGCAGACCUGCGGCCUGGUGAGUUCGUGGUGGCCAUCGGCAGCCCCUUUGCCCUGCAGAACACCGUGACCACGGGCAUCGUCAGCACAGCCCAGCGGGACGGCAAGGAGCUGGGCCUCCGGGACUCGGACAUGGACUACAUCCAGACAGACGCCAUCAUCAACUACGGGAACUCCGGGGGACCACUGGUGAACCUGGACGGCGAGGUCAUUGGCAUCAACACACUCAAGGUGGCAGCCGGUAUCUCCUUCGCCAUCCCCUCGGACCGCAUCACGCGCUUCCUCGCGGAGUUCCAGGACAAGCACGUCAAAGACUGGAAGAAGCGAUUCAUUGGCAUCCGGAUGCGGACCAUCACACCAAGUUUGGUGGAAGAACUAAAGGCCAGCAACCCAGACUUCCCGUCGGUCAGCAGUGGGAUUUACGUGCAAGAGGUUGCCCCAAACUCACCGUCUCAGAGAGGGGGCAUCCAAGAUGGCGACAUCAUUGUCAAGGUCAACGGGCGCCCCCUGGCGGACUCGAGCGAGCUACAGGAGGCGGUCCUGACGGAGUCCCCUCUGCUGCUGGAGGUGCGGCGGGGGAAUGACGACCUCCUGUUCAGCAUCGCACCCGAGGUGGUCCUGUGAGGUGGUCCUGUGAGGGUGGGGCCCUCCCCACAUCGCCGAGUACCAAAGCCUACAGCCUGGGACAGGUGCCAGCCGAGAGGUCCCGUCCAGAGCAGCUGCCUCCCACAGGGUCAGGACGAAGGACCACGGACGGUCCUCAGCAGAGCCAGUGGCCUCCUCCUGGCCGUCCAGGGGCAGAGCCACAGGCAGGGCUUGGCCAGGGACCCACCUCAGCCUUCGGGAAGGCUGAAUUCCACAUCACAGUGCCAUGGGGGAAGCCAGACGUCCCCCUCGUACAGAUGCUUCUGAGGGCCACCUUCGAAGUGCCGGGAUGUCAAGAACACUCCUCUGGAGCUCCCCACAGGUCCCACCCUCCCUUCUACG